GAAGAAGAAGAAGGUGUGUCCUCGAGCUUCUAAGUAUAACACCAGUGGAAACUCCUUACUCCGGAAGGAAAAGAGAGAGAGAGAGAGCAGUGUUUUUGAAGUGAAACCCAACACAUUUCAGAUGAGGAUGACCGUCAGACUGUACCUUCUCACUCUCUCUGUUAUUUCUGGCCUGCUGAGCUGCUAUGGCUUCAGAAUUUGUGCCUUUAAUAUUAAGAGUUUUGGUGAUUCAAAAUCAGCCAAUGCCAACAUCUUGAAUUCUGUAUCACGGAUUGUAUCUCGCUGUGACAUAUGUUUGCUCCAGGAGGUCAGAGAUCAGAAAAACAAAGCUGUCCCUCGACUGCUUGAAGCACUUAACAGACUUAAUGAUAAUGAUUAUGCCUAUGUGGCAAGUGAACGUCUCGGGAGAACGCAAACCUAUCAGGAGCAGUACGUUUUUGUUUAUAGAAAAAGCAAAGUGAAGCUGAUAAACCAGUAUCAGUAUCCAGAUACACAAAAAGGGGAUGAAGAUGCUUUCUCCAGAGAACCUUUUGUGGUACAUUUUCAAGCCCCUAAAACAGUGGUCAAGGAGUUUGUCUUGAUCCCUCAGCAUACUACUCCCUCAAACGCCACCAAAGAGAUUGAUGAACUCUAUGAUGUCUUUGUGGACAUUAGAGCACGCUGGAAAAUUGAGAAUGUGAUGUUUCUUGGAGACUUCAAUGCAGCUUGUGGUUAUGUGGCUAAAAAGAACCGUAAGAACGUCAGACUUUUCUCUGACCCAUCUUUCAUCUGGCUGAUUCAGGAUAAUGUGGACACCACAGUGAAAGAGUCGACUGACUGUGCAUAUGACCGAAUUGUUGUGCACGGAGAGCCAUUUCUCAGAAUGAUUGAACCGUUAUCAGCUCAGCCGUUCAAUUUUCCCAAGGAACUCCACCUUACAGAGGCAGAGGCUCUAGAAGUGAGUGAUCACUACCCCAUUGAAGUGCUACUCAAAACUGAGAAGUCUGGGUUCCUCUCAAGAAACAGCAAAGCUUCGUGUCUUCUGCCUACAACAUUCAUUCUGAUCAUUUUACCGCUACUGCAAUCGAUCAUAUGAACCAAAAGUGGAUUAUUCAUCACCUGAAGUGGAAUUUUACUUUGCUGUUACACAGCUGUUAUAUACUUGAACCCUUACAUGUCUGCAGAAUGUGCUGGAACAUUGUUUAAUACCUUUUAUAAUAUCUCUUUUUGAUAAAUAGGAAAAAAAAAAUACUAAUACAAGUAAAAUGUGUUUUGUAGGUUACUGAGAAAUAUUCCAUAAUAAAAGAAAUUUUUUGACUGGGA